GGGAUUCUGGUCUCUGCUCAUCAUUUUCGAUAGCACCCCCCUCUACCCCUCCCUCUCUAUCCUCUCUCACUCUUCGCUGUUACCGCGUCUAUAUCAUCGAUCUCCACAUGUACAGAUUCUCGAACUCCUCCAACUGCGAUUCUCUCUCCCUAUAUCUCGCUUCCUGCGGUCGAAUCGAAGAUGAUUCGCGUCGCGUCUUCGCGUAGACCUUCGAGCUGAUACGGUUGAAAAUCUCCGAGCCUCUCAUUUUUUUGGGUCGGUCUGGCUGUUGUACUUCGUGAAUCCGAUGGCGCAAUGUCGCCUGGUUCUGUUAUUCGCCUCGCUUUUGUGGAUCGCUGUUGUUGUCAACGCAAGCGCUGGUGACGCCGAUCCGGUUUACAAAGCCUGCGUUGAGCAAUGUGAGAAGACUGGUUGUGUGGGGGACAAGUGCUUCCAACAUUGUAAAUUUUCUUCUGAUGGAGUCCCCAUUGAUGGUCCAUGGUUUCUCCAAGAACCACUCUAUCAGCGAUGGAAACAAUGGGACUGCCACACUGACUGUAGAUACAACUGUAUGUUUGAUAGGGAGGAAGAAAGAGAGAAGCUCGGUUACAAACCCAUCAAGUAUCAUGGGAAAUGGCCGUUCCAGCGUGUUUAUGGAAUCCAGGAACCUGUUUCUGUAGCUCUCUCUGGAAUUAAUCUGGCUAUACAGUUUCAUGGUUGGGUAUCAUUUUUCAUCCUUGUUAACUAUAAAUUGCCUUUGAGGCCAAAUAGAAGGACAUAUUAUGAAUACACGGGCUUGUUGCAUCUAUAUGGCCUUUUAGCAAUGAACUCCUGGUUAUGGAGUGCUGUUUUCCACACUCGAGAUGUGGAGUUGACAGAGAAGCUAGACUAUUCAUCUGCUGUGGCAUUACUUGGAUUUUCCCUCAUUGUGGCUAUACUGAGAGCUUUUAAUGUGAGAGAUGAGGCUGCAAGGGUGAUGGUUGCUGCUCCACUCAUUGCGUUUGUGACGACUCAUAUCUUGUAUCUCAACUUUUACCAACUCGACUAUGGUCUCAACAUGAAAGUUUGCAUAGGGAUGGGUUUAGCCCAGCUUCUCAUAUGGGCUGUCUGGGCUGGGGUUACCCGGCAUCCAUCGCGCUGGAAGUUGUGGGUGGUUGCAGCUGGAGGAGGUCUAGCGAUGCUGUUGGAUAUAUACGACUUUCCGCCAUACUUGAAAUUUGUUGAUGCCCAUGCUCUCUGGCAUGCCAUCACCAUCCCUCUCACCUUCCUUUGGUGGAGUUUCAUCAGAGAUGACGCGGAGUUCAGAACCUCAACUCUCCUCAAGAAGACGAAAUAGCAUUUCGCGUGUGGAGUAUAUGAAACUUUAGGACAUGCUUGCCCUUUUGUUUAUUCUUCUAAAGCAUGUCUUCUUUUCUUUUUCUUUUUCUGUGUUUUUUUUUUCUUUUCUUUUCCACGUGUUUGCAUUUCUAGGAAAUGCUUUUCCUGGCUUUGUUAGUUGGUCUAUUAAGCACACUUUUUUUUCCUCGCGUUUUUGCAUUUCUCUGAAAUGCUUUUUCAAUGCGAGUUUGUUUUCAAAUUUAGCCGGUCAAUGUUGGAUAGGAGUACAUUUUUUGUUUCCUCAAUAUUGGUGAAAUGCGUCAUGUAAUGGAAUUGGAAAUUUGCAGUUUAAUGGUUCUAUCCUCCUUCGGUUGGGUUUAUGCUA